GUGCAGAAUGAGCACAUGUUGUUGGUGUACGCCAGGUGGCACUUCCACCGUUGACUUCCUGAAGCGCUAUGCGUCCAGGACCCACACCAGUGAAUUCCAGACAGCCAGUGAAGACCUCUGCUACUGCAUGGAGUGUGUGGCCGAGUACCACAAAGCGCGGGAUGAGCUGCCGUUCCUGCAUGAGGUUUUGUGGGAAUUAGAAACCUUACGUCUCAUAAACCAUUUUGAAAAAUCCAUGAAGGCAGAAAUUGGAGAUGAUGAUGAAUUGUACAUAGUAGACAACAAUGGAGAAGCACAGCUCUUUGACUUCACUGGCCAAGACUUUGAAAAUAAGCUGCGAGUUCCUCUUCUUGAAAUCCUGAAGUACCCGUACCUGCUGCUCCACGAGCGUGUCAACGAAUUAUGUGUUGAAGCACUUUGUCGGAUGGAACAAGCUAAUUGCUCCUUUCAGGUUUUUGACAAACAUCCAGGCAUUUAUUUGUUUCUGGUCCAUCCCAAUGAAAUGGUUCGGCGUUGGGCGAUCCUGACCGCAAGGAAUUUGGGGAAAGUGGACAGAGAUGAUUAUUAUGACUUGCAAGAGGUUUUGACUUGCCUUUUUAAAGUCAUUGAGUUGGGGCUUUUGGAAGAUCCGGACCUUUAUACUACUUCUGUCCUCGAGAAGGGUAAACUGAUUCUUCUGCCUUCACACAUGUACGAUACCACCAACUACAAGAACUACUGGUUGGGUAUCUGCAUGUUGCUGACCAUUCUUGAAGAGCAGGCCAUGGACUCCCUGCUGCUGGGCUCAGACAAACAGAGUGACUUCAUGCAGUCCAUCCUUCACACCAUGGAGAGACCAGCGAAAGAUGAAAGUGUGGAUCCUUUCUGGCCAGCAUUACACUGUUUCAUGGUGAUUCUGGAUCGCCUUGGAUCAAAGGUCUGGGGUCAACGCAUUGAUCCUAUUGAGGCAUUUCAGACCAUUAUCAACAAUAUGAGCUACAAUAGAGAGAUCCAGAAUAUACGGAACAGCUCUGUAAGGACCAAGUUAGAGCCGGAGUCAUAUUUGGAUGAUACGGUGACCUGCAGCCAGAUUGUAUACAAUUAUAAUCCUGAAAAGACCAAAAAGGAUUCUGGGUGGAGAUCAGCCAUUUGCCCAGAUUACUGUCCUAACAUGUAUGAGGAGAUGGAAACAUUAGCCAGCGUGCUUCAGUCAGAUAUUGGUCAAGACAUGCGUGUUCACAAUAGCACGUUUCUGUGGUUCAUCCCUUUUGUUCAGUCCCUCAUGGAUCUUAAGGAUUUGGGCGUGGCUUAUAUAGUAGAGGUUAUUCACCAUCUGUACUCUGAAGUCAAAGAUGUCCUCAACCAAAGAGAUGCUGUGUGUGACAAAGUUACUGAAUUUUUUCUUCUGAUUUUGGUGUCCGUGAUUGAGCUGCACAGAAACAAAAAAUGUCUGCACUUGCUGUGGGUUAGCUCCCAGCAGUGGGUGGAGGCCGUUGUAAAAUGCGCCAAACUUCCUACCACUGCAUUCACACGGAGUUCUGAGAAGUCAUCUGGAAAUUGCGCCAAAGGAACAGCAAUGAUAUCAUCUCUGUCGUUGCAUUCGAUGCCUUCUAACUCUGUCCACCUGGCCUGUGUGCAGCUCAUUAGAAGUCUCCUUAAAGAAGGUUAUCAGCUUGGACAGCAGACUCUGUGCAAGCGGUUCUGGGAUAAGCUCAACCUGUUUCUGCGUGGGAAUUUAUCUCUAGGGUGGCAGUUGAAUCCUCAGGAAACCCACGAGUUACAAACUUGUUUAAAGCAAAUUAUUAGGAACAUAAAGUUCAAAGUACCCCAGGGUAGCAUUUUUGUGGAUCCAGCUCCUGUUUGUAAAACCCCUCCUGCGUCUUAUAAUAAAGAAGAAAGUGAACAGAUAGGGAAGAAGUCUAAACAAGACCUGCGCUGUCAGGGGAACUCCAGCCCAACAUUUUCUAAAAAACCAGUGAAAGCUGAGGCAUAUCAGAUGAAAGAGAAUAUAUUGAUCAAGGCAAGUAAUGCUAUAGAAGAGGAUAAUGAGCAAAAUUAUGUAAAAGAUUUGAAACUGGAAGACCACCUCUCAGCUCAGUCCUGCAGAAAGCAGGGUAGUAAAAGCCUUUUCACUGACAGAGCUCAAGACCCAGUUAAAACAAGUAAAGGGAAGCAGAAGGCUGUGAAAGAGAAUCGUACUUCCAGAAGCUGUUCCGAAAGGGGAUGUGACAAAGGGAUGAUAGCGUCAGCACGUGCAUUGACGGAUUCUGGCGCCGACUCUCUGGAGAAAGCGUCCACAUCCACUGAGGAUUUCUCUUUCAAGGAUGAUGUUCUUGGAAAAACCUCCAAAGCAAAAACUAAGGCACAGAAAGCUGAAAUCUGUGCUAAGUUAUCACAUGUGAUAAAGAAGCAACACGUUAAAAACACUUUAGUCAAUGAUGCUGUCAGUUUAGAGGAAAAACUGACUGUUGCUACCGUAGACACUUUGUUUUCAAAGAAAGAUUCAGGAGGUCAGAAAGGGGAUGGCUUCAUAAACCAUCUCUCUUUAGACUCUAAUGACAUUCCUGAUGAUAAAAACAGGGAGCAAAAAUCUCAAAACAGUUUAUUGCUGAAAAAGAAACAAUUAAAGAGCAAAGAGUUAGAUAUUUUCUCUUCCCAUGAAAAUAGUUGUCAAAUACAGGAACAUCAUGCUGACGGUAAAGAUUUGAUCUCCUUCACGGAAAUGACCGAUACUUGUGUGAAGAAAACCUCGCCCUUCAGAGAUUCCAUGACUGCUCUUGAAUCAAGAGCUAAGGAAGUUAGCAAGAGUGCCACCAGUCAGGUGUCUUCUCACUUCAGAGACCAGGCUCCCGGCCUCAGUCCACAGUCUGAUGCCUUAACGGACUCCCAGGUCGACCGUGACCUCCACGACUUAUCUUUAAUAGCUCAAGCCAGGGUUAUUAAAUUUCCAUCAGAUUCAACCCAAAGAGGCUCAUCCCGGCUACAAAGGAAAGUAAAAGGUAAAAGAUGCUUCACAGCUAACCCGAGUAAUGCUGGGGAAGCCUACCGGAGCCAGGUGAUUAUUAUUUCAGAUUCUGACGAUGACGAUGCUGGAGUUCUGGGUUUUGAGAAACACAUCAGACAAGGUAAAAGCAGCAUCAAGAAAGAAUACCCAGCAGAGUGUGCUUCAGUAGCUGGUACAAGUGCGGAAAAGAAGCUAAUAAAGGAAGAAGAAACAGAGUCCCUGUGGGAGCUUGAGGAAUCGGAUUCUCAGAUUUUUGAGUUUGAAAGUCAAUAUGACAUAUUUUCAGUUUGGGAAGAUCAGAAAGCAGAAGGCAACAAUUCAGUUCAAGAGCCUGAAAAUUCAUGUUUGACUCAUGUGAACGAUGUCACGAAUGAUUGGGGUUACGAUACAGAUUAUGUAUCUGAAGACGUUAUUAAGAAAGUAGCAGAGGGCAUUGAAAAACACACAGAAGCACAGAGUAGUACUGUUGGGGAAUUUUAUGAAAUUGAAGUAAAAAAACGUAAGAGAAAACAAUACAAAAAACCUGUAGCUGAAGAUUCUCCGAGGCCUUCACCUUCUGAGAGAAAUGAGGACCAGUCUGAUAGUCUUAAUGAGAGAGAUCUGACUGAGCUAAGGUCAAGUCCCAGUUCGAGUAUUCAGAGAGACGCUCCGGUUUCCCGAAAGAAGUCUCCAAAGCUUCGUACUUACUCCAAACCCACUAGGAAAGUCCCACAUUCUAAAACUCCUAAGAAAACACAUUCAGAUACCAAAAAAGGGGAGAAUAAAAGUUCAAAUAUCAUAAGUUGUAGGACGACUCCUGCUAUAGUCCCACCUAAGGUACUUCGCCAGUGCCCUGAACCAACUUCAGCUGUUGAGAAACUGGGUCUGAAAAAGGCUCCUCGUAGGGCAUAUGAGUUAUCUCAGCGAUCACUCGGGUACUUAGCUCAGUUACGUGACCAUGGCAAAACUGUUGGAGUGGUUGACACUAGAAAAAAGACUAAAUUAAUUUCUCCUCAGACUCUCUCUGUCAAAAAUAAUAAGAAACUGUUGACAAGUCAAGAUCUUCAGUUGCAAAGGCAGGUGAAACACAGGUCAAAACAGAACAGGCAAAGGUCUCUGGGUCAUGAACUGACAGGUACUACAAGAGCGGGGCUGCGUUCGGCACGGAGUCCUAACGCAAUUGUCCCAGAACCAGAGAGCUCAGGCAGUGGUUCCAAAGGAGGCGCUGAGGCAGGUACUAAAAAUACUGGGAAGCAAUCCAUAAAACGUGCAUCUUCCGAACCAGAACCCGCGAAAACAAAAUAUGUUUCUCAGGUGGCUGAUGAUUCUUGCCUUUUGGACCAGUGUACUUCUGUUGUGUUAAAUGGAAAAAUAUCAACAAAUGAAGUAAUUGUCUCUAUGUCAGCUGACCCCUUAGGCGGAGGUGACCUAACAGGACAUCCUUUAGAGUUGACCACUUUGAAAGAGGGAGAGCCUGAAUCCAACAGUGACUCGGAGGAUGAGAAUCUAUUUCUGACACAGCAUGACCCUGCAGAUAUGGAUCUAUGUUCACAAAUGGAGAAUGGCAAUGAGAAUCUCAUUGAAAUAGCUCAUGGGAAAGACACAGCAAUCAUGGAAGAAGAGUCUCAGAGUGGCACAAAAUGUAAGUACAAGGGUUGUGUUGAAGCCCCGCAAAACGAGAGUGAAUACUGCUCAAAACACUGUGAAGCUAAGCCAGCAGAUGAAGAUGUAUUUCGUAAACCGGACUUGCCCCUCUUCACGGCAAAGAGACCGACCACUACGAAGGUGUUUAGCUCGAAAAGUACUUCACGAAUCGCUAAUCUUUCCAAGUCUAUGGAAAGCGCCUCCACACUGCCACCGGCCCUCAAACAUAAGUCAAACGGGGUGCCGUCUGUUUCGAAAGUCCCACAGUCAGCCUCUCCCUUGUCUCCAAAGCCAGUGUUUGAAGUGAAGAGCUUGUCCAAUGUUCUUCGUCCUCAGACUCCAAAUACUUCCAACAGGCAAGGUUACAACCUUCCAUUUGGCGAAAGCAAAUCUUUUUCAGCUUCCUCUGCAGUAAACGUUCUCUUGUCCUCGCAGUCCAUCUCCGACACCUUUGUUAAAGAGGUCUUAAAAUGGAAGUACGAAAUGUUUGUGAACUUCGAUCAGUGCGGGCCCCCCACAGACCUUUGUCAGUCCAUCUCAACACCGGUACCUGUCAGAUUUCAAGACUGUGGACACUAUUUUAAUGUUUUUUUCCCCUUGAUGGUCUUGAAUACUUUUGAAACGGUGGCGCAGGAGUGGCUCAGCUCUCCGAACAAGGACAAGUUCUAUCAGCUGUACGUACGAAAGUUUCCUGACGAUUAUAAAAAGUCCUGGGAGUUUGUGGUUCAUCUUGAGGAAUGUGAACUAACCAAACAGCUGCAUCCAAAGGAAAAUGAUUUGGUGUAUUUGGUUCUCGACACACAAAAUGGAGAGAAGAGGAACCCACAGAGAAACCGCGAGCCGGAUUUCCACCAGUAUCACUGCGGUUACGUUCACAGGUUCCGCCGCACUUCCGUCAUGCGUAAUGGGAAGUCUGAGUGUUCCCUUUCCAUCCAGACUCAAGAUAACUUGGUGCUCAAUUUAAACCAACUCGUGAAAUGCACUGUCAUCAAUUCUCUGGUAACUACACAAAGGAAAUUGAAAGCCAUGUCUUUGCUGAGUGGACGGAACCAACUGGCUAGAGCUGUUCUGAAUCCAAACCCCAUGGACUUCUGUACGAAAGAUUUACUAACUACAACGUCCGAGAGAAUCAUUGCCUACCUGAGAGACUUCAAUGAAGACCAGAAGAAAGCGAUAGAAACUGCGUACGCCAUGGUCAAGCACUCCCCGUCCGUCGCCAAGAUCUGCUUGAUUAAUGGACCACCAGGGACCGGAAAGUCAAAGACUAUCGUUGGCCUCCUGUACCGCCUGCUGACAGAGAACCAGAGGAGGGGGCAUUCCGAUGAAAACUCCAAUGCCAAAAUCAAACAGAACCGAGUCCUUGUGUGUGCACCUUCCAACGCGGCUGUUGACGAACUUAUGAAGAAAAUCAUCCUCGAAUUUAAAGAUAAAUGUAAAGACAAGAAGAAUCCUAUGGGAAACUGUGGAGAUAUAAAUUUAGUACGUCUGGGUCCAGAAAAGUCCAUUAAUAAUGAGGUCCUAAGGUUUAGUUUGGACAGCCAAGUUAACCACAGAAUGAAAAAAGACUUACCGUCUCACGUUCAGGAGAUGCAUAGAAGAAAGGAAUUUCUAGAUCACCAACUAGAUGAGCUUUCCCGCCAGCGGGCUCUGUGCCGAGGUGGAAAGGAAAUGCAGAGGCAAGAAUUAGAUGAAAAAAUUGCAAAAGUUUCAAAAGAGAGGCAGGAACUAGCUUCUAAAAUUAAAGAGGUCCAAGGCCGCCCACAGAAGACACAGAGCAUCAUCAUCCUGGAGUCCCACGUCAUCUGCUGCACGCUGAGCACGAGCGGCGGUUUGCUGCUCGAGUCCGCGUUCCGCGGGCAGGGGGGCGUCCCCUUCAGCUGCGUCAUCGUCGAUGAGGCCGGGCAGUCGUGCGAGGUUGAGACCCUUACUCCACUCAUUCAUCGUUGCAACAAGCUGAUCCUGGUUGGAGACCCCAAACAGCUCCCCCCCACGGUCAUUUCCAUGAAGGCACAGGAAUAUGGCUACGACCAGUCAAUGAUGGCUCGCUUCUGCAAGCUGCUGGAGGACAGCGUGGAGCACAACGUGAUCGGCAGGCUGCCUGUCGUGCAGCUCACGGUCCAGUACAGGAUGCACCCGGACAUAUGUCUCUUCCCCUCCAAUUACGUUUAUAACAGAAGCUUGAAAACAAACAGACUGACUGAAACCAAUCGGUGCUCAUCAGACUGGCCAUUUCAGCCUUACCUCGUGUUUGAUGUCGGAGACGGUUCAGAAAGACGGGACAAUGACUCAUAUAUAAAUGUUCAAGAAAUAAAACUGGUAAUGGAAAUAAUUAAACUUAUUAAAGACAAAAAAAAGGAUGUUACUUUCCGGAACAUUGGCAUAAUAACCCAUUACAAGGCUCAGAAGACGAUGAUUCAGAAGGAUUUGGACAAGGAGUUUGAUAGAAAAGGGUCGGUUUUGGGGUGUAAUGGUCUCUCCCUUCUCUGUUUCAAGGAAAACCCGCACUGGAAUCACCUGAUCCAGGACGCACAGAAGCGGGGCGCCAUCAUCAAGACGUGCGACAAAAACUACCGGCACGACGCAGCCAAGAUCCUGAAGCUCAAGCCCGUGCUGCAGCGGAGCCUGACGCACCCUCCCACCGGCGCCCUGGAGGCGGCCUGGCCCCGGGGCGGCCUGCCUGGCAGCAAGCCCGACGGCGACUCGGCCAGCACGCCGUCCCCGUCUCUAUAUCUUGUGCCCUCUGACCUCAAGGAGUCCGCCGGCACCGUUACGGCAAGGGACCCGGAGCGACCUCCUAUUCAGGACCGGCUUCGGGACCCACGACUGCUCAAGAGGCUGGGCCUCGACCCUGAAGCCAAAGGGACAUGCCCGUGGGAUCUGCAGCCCCUGAGCCCCCAGCAUCCCGGAGCCACCCCUCCCCUGGGAGAGCCAGGCUUCUCUGUGAGCCCCCAGGACCCGGGUGGUCCCACCAGAGGGGCCGCGCUGGGCACCCACCAACCCCCCGCGCAGCGUGAGCCUCCGGCCGCCGGCGCAGACGUGUCCGCAAGUAAGAGGACGUAUGACUGGGAAGGAGGCCUCGGCCACAGGAGGGAGGGCAGGGCUUCCAGCGAAGGGGGCCCGGAGACGCGGAGUCCGGAGAGCCGUCACGGGAAGAGGUGCUCCAGCUGGGACAGCAGGGGACAGCAGGAGGAGGACAGCGGCUCCAAGAGAAGGAAGUUUUUAUAGCCAAGCAGGUGACAGAGACGGUCAGGACCAGCGUCAUCGCAGACGCGAGGUGACCAGCUGGCGGGGCCGUCCAGAUCAGAUUGUUUUUUCCCUUAAAGGAGUCUGUGUGCUAUUGGAAAACACGGAAAACAUACCCUAAGGCCGCGCCUCCUGUCAUCUUCGAUCCCUGUGUCGGCCGCCAGAGCUUUCGAGGCCGUUCUUGUGUCUGUUAGAUUACCCUUGAGAGUGGAAGCGUCGGUCUCUUGUUCUCGUACCGAUGAGGGGUCAGACCGGAGUAGAUGUUGUAAACGUUGACGUGUACAUUUGUAUAGCAAAUAACAAAAUCCUUUUAAAAUGUAAUCUGGUAGACCAUCUUUCUUUCCCCUGCUUAAAACGUUAAUCAUUUUCAGCAGAACAAACUUUAUAUU